GACCCAGGCUGCCCAGCACAGGAGCCCAGGAUGGACAGAGGGGCAGAGCCAUGCAGUUGGGCACUGGAGACCUCUAGUUCAGGGUCCUGUGACUUCCAUCCAGAUCCUGUCCCAGAAACGACCUGCGGUUCCACACCGGGGAUGCGGCGCUCGGUCCUGGUCAGGAACCCAGGCCACAAGGGCAUGAGGCCUGUGUAUGCAGAGCUUGACUCUGACUCAGAAGACCCGGACCCCAAGGACGAAGAUCUGGACCCGGUUUCUGAAGACCCAGAGCCAGAUCCGGAAGACCUCAACACUGUCUCUGAAGAUGUGGACCCCAGCUAUGAAGAUCUGGAGUCCAUCUCUGAGGAUCUGGACCCCAGCAGCCAUGCACCAGGCUCCGUCUUGGGGAACCGAGACUCCCACCCCCAAGAUCUGGACCCCAUGUCCUCCAGUUUCGAUCUUGAUCCAGAUGUCAUUGGCCCUGUACCCUUGGUCCUCGACCCCGACAGCGAAGCCCUCAGUCCCGCCGCGGCAGACGUGGACCCCCUUUCCUCCAGCGUCACUGCCACCCCCAAGGUCCUGGCCACCAGCCCCGAGGUGCUCCCCGCCCCAGCCAGCCCACCCCGGCCCUUCUCCUGCCCCGACUGCGGCCGCGCCUUCCGCCGCAGCUCGGGGCUGAGCCAGCACCGCCGCACCCACAGCGGCGAGAAGCCGUACCGCUGCCCCGACUGUGGCAAGUCCUUCAGCCACGGCGCCACGCUGGCGCAGCACCGCGGCAUCCACACGGGCGCGCGCCCCUACCAGUGCGCGGCCUGCGGCAAGGCCUUCGGCUGGCGCUCCACGCUGCUCAAGCACCGCAGCAGCCACAGCGGGGAGAAGCCGCACCACUGCCCGGUGUGCGGCAAGGCCUUCGGCCACGGCUCGCUGCUCGCGCAGCACCUGCGCACGCACGGCGGCCCGCGGCCUCACAAGUGCCCGGUGUGCGCCAAAGGCUUCGGCCAGGGCUCCGCGCUGCUCAAGCACCUGCGCACGCACACGGGCGAGCGGCCCUACCCGUGCCCGCAGUGCGGCAAGGCCUUCGGGCAGAGCUCCGCGCUGCUGCAGCACCAGCGCACGCACACGGCGGAGCGCCCCUACCGCUGUCCGCACUGCGGCAAGGCGUUCGGGCAGAGCUCUAACCUGCAGCACCACCUGCGCAUCCACACCGGCGAGCGGCCCUACGCCUGCCCGCACUGCUCCAAGGCCUUCGGGCAGAGCUCCGCGCUGCUGCAGCACCUCCACGUGCAUUCCGGGGAGCGCCCCUACCGCUGCCAGCUCUGCGGCAAGGCGUUCGGCCAGGCCUCCAGCCUCACCAAGCACAAGCGGGUGCACGAGGGCGCAGCUGCAGCCGCUGCUGCUGCUGCUGCCGCCGCUGCCGCCGCCGCCGCUGCUGCUGGCUUGGGCCUCGGGGCUGGCCUGAGCUCUGCGCCCGUGAUGAGGCCCAAGAAGGUCUCCUACCUGGGUGCUGAUCCUGUCUCUGGCCUGGGCCUCAGCCCUGGCCCCAGUUCUGGCUGCAGCCCUGACCCUGGCUCCCUUUCCAGUCCCAGGCCCAAACUCCUCACUGGCUCCGGAUCCACCCCCAGCCCCGAUCCUGUUGAAUCUUCUCACCCUAAGCCUGGUCACGAUGCUGACCCUGCCCUUGUGCCCAGCCCUGACCCUGUGCCCAGCCCAGACCCCAACCCGGAGUCCCAGCCAGACCUCUGCUCUCCCUCCUGCGGCACUGUCAGCCCAUCCCCCUCUACUGGCGAGAGUCCCGAGUGGGUCCAGGAGCAAGGGGCACUGUUGGGGCCUGAUGGCUGAAGGGGACACCGCAGGGUGUCUGCGAGGGCCUGGGGAAGUUGUGUGUUGUGCACUUAGUAAAACCCUCCCACUGCCUCUGGC